CUGACAUCAUCACUAAAGGGGUGGUGUCUGGUAGCGUGGGUUCGGAAUGCGGGACACACUUAAUACGUAUUAUCACUUUGUCGUUAUUCUCAGUUAAAGUAUAAAUCCUGAACGGUCACCAUGUGUCUAUAUAUGAUCUGUUUAUAUACGGUAUUAACACUACAUACAGUUAUAUAUGUCAACAGCACAGAAUAUAAUGAAAAAAGGAAGACGUUAUCGCCAUACCAGUGUACCAGCGUCCGACAUCUUCACGACUCACGAGUAGACCUCAACUGUUCUAUUCCAGACAAUACUCAAUGGAACUUUACGGUGGUUCAGUCCUGGGCGGAGAAACACAUGGUGAAACAAAUGCAGGUUUAUAUCAAGUGUGGGAUUAAUGGAACUGUUAUUCUACGUCAACCAGUGAAAGCUCGUGGAUUGUUCGCUUUAUAUAUCAACUCGUGUAAAAUAGGUAAUUUUUAUAAAUAUGAUCUGUCCAGUAAGCUUGAACUCGUUCCAUUCACAUUGAAGACGAUGGAGGUGAUAGACUCGAUACAUGUUAUAACAUGCCGCGAACUUGAUAUUCUGUACACUAAUCUUAGUGACAAAGUCAACUCUAAGUAUCCCUGCUACAUCCCUCCCUCCCUUGAACGUUAUGUGGAACGAAACGUGUCAGUACUAGUGAUUCGAGUGAAGUGCCACACCAACAAAAACGUCAGGAUUAGACACUAUGAAAAUAUACCCAUAUGGAACUACAAACAUUUAACCUAUUACGAAAAAUCCUGCUCAACAAAAAAUAAGUUCAAAUUUACAAGCAAAUUUCUUCAGAAAGGAUCAUUCCCGUCCCUUCGUAUAUUAAAUUUUUCACGUCUGCAUUUGGAUAGAAUACCAGAAAAACUUGUCAAAGGCAAUUACUCAAAGGACUUCCCAGAUCUACGGUUAGUCGACCUCUCCCAUAACAGCCUGUCAAACAUUUAUUUUGGAUCAUUCCAUGGCACAAGAGAGCAUUUCAGUAUCAAUAUGAGUCACAAUCAGAUCCGUGUAAUCAACUCUACAGUUCUGACGACACUGAAGUCAAUGUACCCAGGUGUGAUAAUGUUGUAUGACAAUCCGUUUUCAUGUCGAUGUGACCAGUAUCACUUUUUACAGUUUUUGAAGUACUCGUCAGAUCCUGUUGUAACACAAUACCACUCAUUGAAGACUGAGAGCUGUAGGACCCCAUUGAAAUAUAAAGGGCGUUUAUUAGGAGAUAUACCACUUGACAGGAAAUGUCAUCCUUCGGAUAGUUAUGGUAACACUAACGCUGUUAUAAUUAUACCGGUAGCAAGUGUAAUAUGCUGUAUCUCGGCAAUUUUUAUAUGUCUUUUCUAUCGCAGAUGGAUUGUGUCUUUUCGAUAUAAGAGACUUCAGCAGAAACAGAAAAAAUCAAAAUCUAUCAGAUGUGAUAAGAUCAAGUACGAUGCUUUUAUUUCAUAUAGCUGUAAGGACGAAUCGUUGGUAAAGAUAAUGUGCGGUCGUUUGGAAGGACCGCCUUAUCUUCUUAGUUUGUGUCUUCACAAUCGUCAUUUUGAACCGGGAGUUCCAAUUACUGAUAAUAUUUUCGAGGCUGUUAAGACGAGCCGUCGCACAGUGGUCGUAUUGUCCGAACACUUCCUCGCAAGCCAGUGGUGUUUGAUGGAGUUUCGAGCGGCAAACUGCAAAGGUCUGGUAGACAAUAAACGCCAUCUGGUGGUCAUACUUUUGGACGAUCUUAACAAAUGCCUUACACCCCUGCCUCCGGACAUUGAACUGUUUCUUCAAACUCAUACCUACCUCCGAGCGACGGAGUACAUGUUUUGGGAAAAGUUGGUGAGUUUCCUUAGAAAUGAUGUGUCAAAUAAGGAUAUGGGCCAUUCUUAUAAUAAUUCUCCAGAAAUAUGACAGUUCAAAUCAACCUCAGGAUUAGUCUAUGUCCUCUAAAGCUAAGGCAUCAACCAGCCUAUCUCCGCUAGUACAAACAGACAUCUGUAUACUCUAGUUGAAAGGCUGCAUCCAAACGCUCUUCGCUAGGAAUCAAGGCAGUAUAAACCGGUUCAAAACUAUUUUAAUCGCACUGAAAACUCUGAUUAAACAAACGCCUAAUUGAUUGUUAAGAGUUUCCCAUACUUUAUCUAUCUCGCACCUGUUUGCCUUAACUCUGCCUACAUCAAUAUUUCGUAUGCUACGAUUUCCAGGAAUUCCAUGCAUUUUCUUUUAAACGAGGAAAAAAUUCGGAGAAAAACCAGUUGCAUAUAUAAUGAAGAAUAUGGACACGUUAAUAUAGCUUUGGCGUUCCGUUACUUCUGGAGAAUACGAAAUGAAAGCAGAAGUUAAAUAAAAAUGAUAUAAUCUGCCGCAUUGAAUUUUGUAUGUAUAUUAUGUAGCUCUAAAUGCAGUGAAUACGAAGAACUGUUACUGUUACAAUGAUUGGUUUUAUUACACUGAGCUGUUACUCACAGUUACUGUUAUAAUGAUUGGUUUUACUACACUGAACUGUUACUCACAGUUACUGUUAUAAUGAUUGAUUUUAUUACACUUAGCUGCUACUCACAGUUACUGUUAUAAUGAUUGGUUUUAUUACAAUUAGCUGUUACUCACAGUUACUGUUAUAAUGAUUGUUUUAUUACACUUUGCUGUUACUCACAGUUACUGUUAUAAUGAGUGGUUUUAUUACACUGAGCUGUUACUCACAGUUACUGUUAUAACGAUUGGUUUUAUAACACUUAGCUGUUACACACAAUUACUGUUAUAAUGAUUGGUAUUAUUACACUUAGCUGUUACUCACAGUUACUAUUAUAAUGAUUGGUUUUAUUACACUGAGCUGUUACUCAUAGUUACUGUUAUAAUGAUUGUUUUAUUACACUUAUCUGUUACUCACAGUUACUGUUAUAAUGAGUGGUUUUAUAACACUGAUCUGUUACUCACAGUUACUGUUAUAAUGAUUGGAUUUAUUACACUUAGCUGUUACUCACAGUUACUGUCAUAAUGAUUAGUUUUAUUACACUUAGCUGUUACUCACAGUUGCUGUUACAAUGAUUGGUUUUAUAACACUUAGCUGUUACACACAAUUACUGUUAUAAUGAUUGGUAUUAUUACACUUAGCUGUUACUCACAGUUACUGUUAUAUUGAUUGGUUUUAUUACACUGAGCUGUUACUCACAGUUACUGUCAUAAUGAUUAGUUUUAUUACACUUAGCUGUUACUCACAGUUACUAUUAUAAUGAUUGGUUUUAUUACACUAAGCUGUUACUCAUAGUUAGUGUGAUACGUAUUUAUGUUAAUUUCUUUUUUUGCCAGUGUUAUUGGAUAUUAUCUCAACAUGAUAAAACUGUUAUCCUUCACACUAUACACCAUGGCUACAGCUAAACUAAUAUAAAACGGUGUAAUCAGAUGAUGACGUCACUCUGUUGUUAUGGUAAAGUGACCUACCAAUGGAAUGUCUUAGUGUAAAUAAUGUUAUGAUGUAUUUUCAUAGCACUGAAAUAACUUGAAAUAAAAAGUACCAACAGGUUUAACUUUAUUGUUACAAUUGUAACUAUUUUCAAUAGGAUUCAUCAGUUUGGAAACAUGUAAAUCAAAGUUUAACUUUGUACACAAACAAGUACUAUUAAACAUGUUGCAACGUUUCAAGACAGACUGGUCCCUUUGUCAAAUCGCUUACUCAGUCAUAACCUGACAAAGGGACCAGUCGGUUUUGAAACAUUGCUACACGAUUAAUAAGUAGUGUUCAAGGGAAUAAUCCUAAGCCGGAAAAAAAUCCUUUUUGUGCUUCAUCUUCUUUAUAAAAGGAAGACUACUCUAGGUUGAUAGAACUUUGAGUGGAACUCUUCUUCGCUAUUAUAACAUGUGCAGUGGCAGACUUGACCUUAACCUUAGCUAAAGUGACAUGAUUCUCGACCCGGUCACAUUAUUCUUACCACUGGCUAACCAUACUGGAACAAACCUACGAAACGCAAAGAAGUAGCUGCGAGUGAAUUGAAAGGUGAGAGAUCGAAGUUGUCCGAAAGCGAAAAUAGAAAUAUCCAUCUGCAAGGGUCGCAUGUUAGUCGCCUCUUACGGUCAUAUAACGGAUUGAAGCAUUUCAGUUCUUUUCAAAUGUCGCUGUUUCGUCACGUUACUCCUCACAAGUAAAGAAUUUAAUCGAAACAUAUCGCCAUAUACUGUAAAAUCAUAAUUUUUCGUGGGACAUUAAAUUUCGUUUAUUUCGUGGAUAAUAAGAAACCACGAAAUAAAAUCCCCUCGAAAACAUUAAUUUGGUAUGAUAUAGUUAGGGGAAAAUCAGAAAUCAGCGAAAGAUAACGUCUUUGAAACAGGCUAGUAUAUGAAAACCACGAAAUUUUAAUCCCACGAAAAUAAUUGAUUCUACAGUAAUCACAAGGGACAUGCAGAAUGGGACAAGAAACUGCUGAAAAUGUUUUGUGAUGAGUAGCGUUGGUCACAUCUUGUUUAUAAAGGACAUGUACUGCACAGUGAUAUUAGAGGAAAUUUACCAGCGUAACUAGUAGUGUAACAUUUUAUCUUAGUUAACACUUAGAUAUAUGACAGAAAUAACACCGCGUGCAUCAGCCUGUGACAACAAUACAGAGAAUGUUGAACAAUGCCCCAGUCAACACAUCCUUGUCACGACGUUAGGAAUGUCUAUUACGUCACUUAAGGUGGUCAUGGAUAUCCUUCAUAAACUGUUCUACCUUACUUCUGCUUUUGUUUGCUUUUAAGAUCUAUCCUGUAUGUUUUCAAUCGUGUGGCCCUGUAUACAAUAGUUGUGUAGAUGGGCUGAAAAGAGAACGUGUCAAUGCAUGGUGUCCGUACGUAGGUUGUCUACCUGCAGUAAAGGGCAUAAUGACACUACACUGUCUUAAUUCAAAACGUAUUAUCCACUGAGCACUUGAUUCAUGAAACUUGUAAUUUGUAAGAGAAAGUCUUGUUUAAAUGUAUGGAUGCCUUUCAUGAUGGAGUUUUCUUUGCAUUGAUCAUCAUUAAUUAAACUAUUGAGAACUAUCGAAUGUGAGUUUGUCUAUUUGCUGUAUUUUGCCAUGGCAACAGCUGAGGUCAAUAGUCGAAAAUGUCCACUGAUGAUAGGACAAC